AAGUGUUCAUAUAAAAUGUCGAUUGCCUUACUUUACAAAUUUUAGACAUCAGUAUUUGGUUUAAUAUUUUGGUCAAAAAUUUCGAAUCUCCUCUUCUGGGCUAAAAAAUCAUGCUGCAGUUAUUAAGUCUUAUCAAAAACCCACGAUUGUCGUACCAAGCAAUUCCAUCAUUAUCCAAUGCGCGCUAUCGUUAUAUGUCCGAUAAAACCAAGAAGCCAGACGAUGGCGAUAAAUGCGAACAGAAAGCAGAAGUGAAGAAGCCCGAUUGCAAAAGCGAACCGAAAGCUGAGAGCGAUCCGAAAGCUGAGAACGAACCGAAAGCUGGUAGCGAUCCGAAGAAGGCUGAAUGCAAGAAGGAUGCGCCACCCAAGAAGGACGAAACAGCGAUUAGUGGCGGCGCCUCGUGCAAAGCUAAGAAGAAGCCGCCACCUUGUCCACCACCGCCUAAGGAGAAAAAACGGAAGCAGUUGAGCUGCGAAGAGUUGGUACUCAAACGUGAGGGAUUGCAGAAAACAGAAGCCACCUGUCCCUCAAAAAUAUCCGGUGGCGGUCCAAAGUGUCCGUGUACACCCUGCCCCAAACCACCGCCAGACUACAAGAAUUCAAAGAAGUGGCAAAAGAUCUCGAUAAUGGGUGGUCUGCCGCUGAUUGCGAUACUGACGGUCCUUGUGUUCACCUCACGCAAGGAAGAGGAGCGACCAGAAUAUAGGCACUGGUCGCACUUGUAUCUGCGUGGAUACAAGCCGUAUUUCUUCAGAGACGGAAAUACCACUGCAUUCCAUAAUACUUUCUGGAAUCCCUUGCCGCCAGAUGGUUAUGAGGAUGAGAUCGACGUUGAGGCCAAUGGCAAGACCGUCGAAACGGAUAAGGAAAGGGAGGAUCGCUUGAAGGAAUUCGGUGCCGUGCAGAAGCAAUGGAAAAAGUAUGAUGGCAGGCGGGAGGCUGAAGCCAAAAAGAGGCAGGCUGCCGCUGAAAAGGAGGCCAAGCAGCAGCAGUCUCUGGCCGAGAAGGAAGAGAAGAAGCAAAUGGCUGAAGCUGAAAAGGAACAAAAGCGACUAAACGCCGAAGCCGAUAAGGAGCGCAAGCGACAGGAAGCCGAAGCUGCAAAGGAGAACAAGCGCCAGGAGGAGGAAAUGAAAAAACAAGCAAAAGAAGAAGCCAAAAAAGUAGAAUUCGCUUUCAUUAAGUCCCGAACUGAUGACGAAAAAUAAUUUCAAAAUCAACAUGUGAUUAAAUUCCUUUUUUAGUA